GCAGCAAUGGCUGUGCCCAGCGAGAACUCAGCGAGGGCGUGGAGACUUUUAAGGCUAAAGAUCUCAUCAUCACCCCAGCCACGAGCUUGAAAGCCAAGCCGGCCCCGGAGUCGCUGGUGUUUGGGUGUGAGUUCACGGAUCACAUGCUCACUGUGGAGUGGUGCGCAGACUCUGGGUGGGGAAAACCUCACAUCAGGCCUUUCCAGAACCUGUCCUUGCACCCGGCUUCUUCUGCCUUGCACUACGCCAUUCAAUUAUUUGAAGGGUUGAAGGCGUUCCGGGGAGUUGAUAAUAAAAUCCGACUUUUUCGGCCUCACUUGAACAUGGACAGGAUGCUCCGUUCUGCCGUCCGCUCAACUUUGCCGGUGUUUGAUCAGCAGGAACUACUGGAGUGCAUUCAGCAGCUCGUCAAGUUAGAUCAAGAGUGGGUGCCCUAUUCUACCGCCGCCAGUCUUUACAUCCGGCCUACCAUGAUUGGAACUGAGCCUUCCCUUGGGGUGAAGAAGCCCAGGAAAGCCCUCCUCUUCGUCAUCCUGAGCCCCGUGGGGCCUUAUUUCUCCAGUGGAACCUUCAACCCCGUGUCUCUGUGGGCCAACCCCAAGUAUGUCCGAGCCUGGGAAGGAGGAACUGGAGACUACAAGAUAGGAGGGAAUUAUGGCUCCUCGCUUUGGGCCCAGUGUGAAGCUGCUGACCAUGGAUGCCAGCAGGUGUUAUGGCUUUAUGGAAAGGAUCACCAAAUAACUGAAGUUGGGACCAUGAAUCUCUUCCUCUACUGGAUAAAUGAAGAUGGAGAGGAGGAGCUGGCCACGCCUCCCCUUGAUGGAAUCAUUCUCCCAGGAGUGACCCGACAGAGCAUUCUGGAGCUGACUCGGGACUGGGGUGAAUUCAAGGUGUCGGAGCGGUAUCUAACCAUGGGUGAGCUGGCAGGUGCAUUGGAAGAGAAGAGGGUAAAGGAGAUGUUUGGGUCUGGCACGGCCUGUGUUGUGUGCCCAGUUUCUAACAUCCUGUACCAGGGCCAGACGUUACACAUUCCAACUAUGGAGAAUGGUCCCAAGAUCACAAGCCGUAUCUUCACCAAACUGAACGACAUCCAGUAUGGACGAGAAGAAAGCGACUGGACGGUUGAGUUACCCUGAAGGAAUCAUUCUACCCAGAUGGACCAUUCUUUACUUUUCCUUUUGGUGUGUGUUAGAAUUUCACUAGAUUUACAACCUGUUAGUGGUUGUGCAAAGCGUAGUUGGAAUCAUUAGUGUGCCAUACAACUGAUUGCUUUCCUUGUGCCACAAGACACUGCCUUGGGGUUGAAUGGGUGAAUGGUGUCUAGACACGUGGUGUGGUGGUGGUGGUCACAUGACAUAGAUGGUUUCUGAUUUAUUAUGUGACCAUCUCCAACCCACUCAGACUGGAAACGAUGCCCCCCUUAUACUAAGGUAUUUCUCCUCCACCAUCUGAGCGCUAUCUUUUUUGUGUACAUCAGAAAGGUGAUUGAGUAAAUUUCAUAGGUCAUGUGUUUGGUGUAUUUAUCCUCAUGAUUGUGUGCGUGUGUGUUAAAAUCGUGACUUGGAAAACGUGGAUUUCCUCUGUCAAGUAACUUGAGUCUAUUAAAUCUAAUGUAAGCUCACCUCUGUGGAGGCUCACAUAUUGGCACCAUUGUUGGAUCCAUUGUAAGCAGGACUAGAGGAGCUGGGAUUUUCCUUUCUAGAACCUUUGGUAUCUUCCCAUGCCUGCCCAUGUUGAGCUUCACAGUUCCUGUACGGUAAAACCUCAUGGUAGAGUAUGUGAAUGAAUGAUUCUGGCUGUGUGUAGCAGUCACCUGCUGUCUCGGCCUUCCACGGAUCACAGUUACAAAAUGGCGCCAUGGACUCUUAAAUCAUCACAGUUACAAAAUGGCGCCCGGUGUUGGAAAAAACCAUUGUGUAGGGGGAGACAGUCUUGGGAUGCAAGUGGUAACUGUAAGGAAUUUUAUGCCACU